GGGAAAUAAACAUUGCACUGUUGCAGAAUGGAGUAAAUUUACAUGAUUGAGUACGUGCAUAAUCACCCGUUAUAUUCUAGACUUGUAGACUAUGCUCAGUAAAUUGCAACUAACUACAGCAGUCCAAAUGCUCAACAGCUUCUUGAGACUCUGCACCCGGCAGGCUCCCAGUCCGAGGUUCAACACCACUCACUCCCUGGUCAUCCGAGGCUUCAUGGGGGGUCAGACUACAAAUGGAGAGGGAGGGCAGAGUUUCACACCUCGGAGGGCGGUUCUCUAUGUACCAGGUAGUGAUGAGCGCAAGCUAGCUAAGCUGGCUGGGUUGACAGUCGACUGUGCUGUAAUGGAUUGUGAAGAUGGUGUAGCAGCCAAUAGGAAAGAUGUUGCCAGGCAGACAAUCCGAAAAACACUAGAUUCAUUACAUCUACCGACCGUGGGAGACGUAGCCGUCCGUAUCAACGCUGUAGACUGUGGUCUCGCUGGGGAGGACUUGGAUGAAAUAUUGAAGGCAGAGAGGCUACCAGACACCUUGAUGUUACCCAAGGUGGAAUCAGUUCAACAUAUACAAUGGCUGACAGAGAAGCUUCAACACAACUUUGCCACAAAACCACCACCAAACCCUUUGAAACUUGUCAUUUUCGUGGAGAGUGCUAUGGGUCUACUGCGACUUGCUAAUAUAUGCGAAGAGGGUCAGAGGUUAUCACAGACUGCUCCAUUCACAUUAGAAGGGGUGGUGUUUGGGUCGGAUGACUUUUGUGCAGACAUAGGUGCAACCAGAACACCAGAAGCAGCUGAAUUAUUGUAUGCUCGGCAGAAAGUCAUCACCGUUGCUAAAGCAUAUCGCCUUCAAGCCAUCGAUUUGGUUCAUAUUGACUUUAAAGAUUUAGAGUCACUGGAGAAGCAGUCGUUAGAAGGUGCCCGUAUGGGAUUUACAGGAAAGCAAGUUAUUCACCCGACUCAAAUUCCAGUUGUACAGAAAGCAUUCAGCCCCUCCCCAGAAAAAAUGGAAUGGGCCAAAGCUCUCAUAGAAGCUUUUGAGGACCAUCAACAUUCUGGGAAGGUACGUACACACAAGGACAAUCCCACUUUUCUGUAUAGGGUUUCCAAAUUACAUUUAUCUUCAGCUAAAAGAUUCAAAAUCAUCAGAUAUUUGUCAAAUCUUCCAGAUUAUAUUUUGUUAUUUUUUAUUUUUGUUUUUCCCCCUCAUAGGGAGCGUUUACAUUUCGAGAUAGCAUGAUUGACAUGCCUCUUGUCCUGCAAGCGAGAAACAUUUUGAGAAUGGCUACAAUGACAGCAGAGAAAUCGUGAAGGAGCUCUG